AUGGACUAAUAAAAAAGCGAAUUAUAAGAUACUGUCCUUUUUAGAAAAUUUUAAGAAUAUCUAGAGAACUAAAAUGAACUUUAGAUAUAUCAUAAUACUCAUGUUGAUAAAUUUUAUAAAGCGAUGCCUUGCACAAUAAGACCAAGAAAAAUAAAGAAUAAUCCAAUAAUCAUGGCAUAAAUGCUUGUAAGAAAUAGUCAAUCAAUUAGUCCAAAAAAAUAGUGUAUUAAGAAAAAAUUCAGUCUCCCUAAACUAAUUAUUAAGAAAGUAAUAGAACAAGAGGAUGUCAAAGAUUGUCGUCUCCUACAAGAAAUGACGAACGAUAACAUUAAAUGAGAUCGUUAUUAGUUUCAAGAAGAGAAAAAUAAAGAUGUCACAGCAUUAACUCAGAGGUUUUUAAAGAAGUGACUCUAUAAUUGAAUCAUAAUAUUUUGGAUUAACCAAAAAAAAUAAGAACACCGAGAAGUACGAGAGCGGAGCUCUAUUUUAGUUAUCAUUUAAGAGACAGUCUAAGAACACCGAGAUGUGGAAUUACAAUUCCUCAAUAUUUGGCUGGUAAGAUUAAAUCAAUAAAAUAAUGA